UUAGAUGACCCUUUAAAAGAAACAGCUAGUAGCUACAGAAAAGACAUCCUAAAAUGUAUAUUUUAUUGUGAAAAGUGCAGCCAGGUUAGCUAAUUUAAUUUGUUAGCUGAAACAUCAGCAGUAUACUGUAAAGCUACAUGUAGCUAAGUUAGCUAAGUGAUGAGUCAGAAGAUGUGCUAAUUAGUGACAGUUUGAUAAUCAAUAACAGUACAGAACAACUGAUAAACUGUACAAUGAACCCAACUGCAGGACGUUUCUGCAAAAACAAGCUAUUUAUUUUUAGUAGAUUCUGUCUGUGUUAUGUAACUUUUGUGUAAAUUUGUAAAACAUGUUGUAUUGCAAUAUUUUAUUUUGUGAUAUUGAAUUUUUCAUGUAUAAACCCUAAACCGUUACAUAGCAGUGUUGUAAAUGCAAACCGAGGGCUAUGAUGUUGGUUGUUACAGGGACUGUGAUACAUACAAAGGCCGAUCUCACUGCACUUUAAAAAAUACUACGGCAGUUUUGCUAAAAGUAGAUUUUUAAAAACAAAUUGGCUGGCUUACAGUAUGGUAAUACAUCGCAAUAUACUGAAUCAUAACCCCUGUAUUGUGAUAUGCACACUAUCACCAGAUUCUCUUCCCAUUACACAGCCUGAUCUGUGAGUAUAGCUCACGUUCAGGUCUUCACCGUGCCCUUAUCCUGUCAAUAUUUUGAGGUUUAUAUCUUGAAUAAUAAUCUAAACUUUAAAAAUAACAAUUUAUUUUAGUUUUCUUUUUAGAAAUGAAUGAAAUGCCGUAAUAGUUUUAAAGUUUUCCUACACUCCUUGAAAUCAAGAAGUCCUUGUGACCCCGUGUGACGCUUUGGUGACCCCCACUGGGGAACCAGUGACCUAAGGGAUAUCUAUAUUACUACCUAUCAGGGUAAAAGGUUACUUGUGUGUUUCGAAUAUGGAACAACUGAUUUUAUUAAGUCUAUUGAACUUUUUAUUGGGUUUACAUUGGGGAAGAACAUUUAAGGGAUCCAAAAAACUGAUUCUCAUUCAGCUCAUCCUUGGGUAAGAUUUCAUAAGAGAAAAGUUCCUGUUGAAGAUGUGUUUGAGUUUUGGUCCAAAAGCCAGACCAUACACGCACACAUAAUCCUGGACUCCAAAAAAAGCACCUGUAAUCCAAAACACUUCCAAAAACGACGUCCUGUGACACCAGACUGGUGCCAAAAACAGAUGCCGGCCUCCCUCUUGCCACCUAUGUUUACCUCUGCACUUUGCCAUCUUCCUAUAUAAAGACCAGUCAAGUCGCAUCAAGUCAUUAGCUGAAGUAAUCCACUUGUGGCUCGGUGCCUUGAUUAUGCGAUCACACUGUGGGACUAAAGACUAAACCGGCUUCAGCACAGUCUGAGGGAGCUGCACAGUGGGGAUAGUUUUGUACAUGAGGCCUCUGUGGUGAAUAACUGGGUGCUGCUGUCAUUCAACCACCUACAAUGAGCCAUCUGAUGGACACCCUGCAGUUCUCGACCUGAUCCUGGUGGACUGCUGGAGGAUGAAACACAGCAAAUGGCUGUUUAAAUACGCAUUGAAACUGAGAACUGGCAGUCAAACAACUUGGGAACUGGUGACUGGACAGAGGAGGUGAGCACGAACAGUCAUGGGAUGUGGUGUCACAAAGUCUAACCAGUUCAACAAACACUCGAGAAAAGGUAACCAUGAUCCUCCAGACAGACACUGUUCAUCUCUCUCAACCUUCACAGAUUUAUAUUAAUCAUCACCACACCUAGACAGAGAAGCUCAGUGGUUCUUGUUGUCUGCCUUGUUUUUGUCUGCUUACAUUAUAACUGUAAUCUCUCCAUCAUACGUGUUGUAUUAAUGUAUAUGUAUUUCUCUUCGUCUUCCUCCUCUGCUGCAUGCAGCCGUCACAACUAUAAGAGCUGCUGUGCUGAUUCAGCGAUGGUACCGUCAGUAUGUAGCCCGCACAGAGAUGAGACGGAGAUACACCUGGCACAUCUUCCAGUCCAUCGAAUACUCUGGAGAACAGGCUCAGAUAAAGCUUUAUAAUUUCCUCGGCUACCUCAUGGACAAUUUCACACCAUCAAGCAAUGAACGAAAUCUGAUCUCGCACAUCUUCCGAGAGAACGAGGUUUGUCAGGACGCAGAGUGGGAGAGGUACUUCUGCUACAAGAACAUUGAGGUGCCAGAGAUUUACUCAGGACCUCACCUCACCUUCCCUCUGACGGUGGAGCAGGCAGUUGGGUUGGUGGAGGCCUUCAGGAACAAGAAACAGCUGCACUCACGCUACGUCCUGCAGCUCCUGCUGGAGACAUGGAGACAGCUCCGGAUGUUGCCAAAUAUCAGCCGCAUCUCCACCUGCCAAAGCAAAGAAAUCACUAUUUGUGGUGAUUUGCACGGGCAACUGGAAGAUCUGUUGCUAAUUUUCUACAAGAAUGGCAUGCCUUCCUUAGAGAAGCCCUAUGUGUUUAAUGGAGACUUUGUAGACCGAGGCAAAGACUCCAUUGAGAUCCUCAUCAUUCUGUUUUCAUUCCUGCUUGUCUACCCGAGUGAAGUCCACCUCAACAGAGGAAACCAUGAGGACCAUAUAGUCAACCUCAGGUACGGCUUCACAAAAGAGGUGUUGACUAAAUACAAGAUGCACGGCAAACGGAUCCUGAAGCUGCUGCAGAAGAUAUUCAGCUGGUUGCCAUUAGCAACGGUUAUUGACCAGAAGGUGCUGGUACUCCACGGAGGGAUCUCCGACAUCACAGACCUCAGCAUCCUCGCCCGACUGGACAGACACAAUUAUGUUUCAGCGCUGAGGCCUCCAAAGAAGAGACAUCAGAGCUCAGCGGGGGCGUCCAUUGACUCGGACUUUGAUGAGGACGUCUUGUCCACCAACAAGCUCUUACAGCGUCGGAUCUCCCUUACGUAUCCCAAACCCCUUGGAACCCGUGAAAGCUUCCAGAACCGCUCCCUGCAGGACUUCUCCAACCGGAUCAAAGGGAAGGCCGUGGAUGAGAUAGAGAUCCACAAGAGGAAGCUGGCCAUUUUAAACAUGGGGACCAACAGUUCUGAAGGGAUGACUCAGUCUGUGUCUUCUGAAUCCAUCAACAGCGACAAUGCCAAGGAUGAGUGGAAACAGAUCCUGGACCUGCUGUGGAGCGACCCGAUGAUCCAGGAUGGCUGCACACCCAACGAGGUGCGGGGCGGAGGCUGCUACUGGGGCCCCGAUGUCACAGAGGACUUCCUGAACAGACACAACCUGCAACUCAUCAUCCGCUCCCACGAGUGCAAACAGGAUGGUUAUGAGUUCUGCCACAACCGUAAGGUUCUCACUCUAUUCUCUGCCUCCAAUUACUACGAUGUGGGAAGCAACCGAGGGGCCUACGUGAAGCUGGGUCCAGACCUUGUGCCUUAUUUGGUUCAGUACCAGGCCAGCAGCAUGACCAGAGAGCUCACCGUAAAACAAAGUGUUGGGCGAACCGAGCGCUCAGCACUCAAAGUCCUGCGGGAGCAGCUAUUUGCGCACAAAUCUGACCUCAUCUGUGCCUUCAAAAAGUUUGACAGUGAGAACACAGGUCUUGUGUCUCUGAACAACUGGGCCUCUGCAGUGGAGAGUGUGAUGUACCUCGGUGUGCCCUGGAGGAUGCUGCGCGGUCAGCUAGUCACCUCCAAGAGCACAGACGGCAUGAUCGACUACCUAGAGUGGUUUAACGAGCUCGCCAUCAAAGGACCCAACACGGACCACAUCGACCAGAGUCUGCUUGAGACUUUGUACCGCCACCGCUCCACGGUGGAGACCAUCUUCAGAAUCGUAGACACAGACAACUCAGGCUUCAUCACCAUUGAGGACUUCCGGCAGACCUGGAAGCUGCUGAGCGUCUACCUGAAGAUGGAGAUCACGGACGAGGCCAUCUCCGACCUGGCCGUCACCAUCGACAGCAACCAGGACGGCAGCAUCGACAUUGACGAGUUCAUGGAGGCCUUCCGCCUCACGGACAAGAAGAGCCGACUGGAGCGAGGACGCAGCAUGUUCAUGGGCACAGUCAAUGACCUCACCAAGCUGGAAGGAGACCCCAACAUUUGAACAGGGAUAGAGAAAGAGAGACUGAAAACAGAGAGCAACCUCAGCUCAGACUCCUGGCCAGGCAGACAGGCGGCAGAGGGGAGGGCGGGGUGACGCAGCCAAUGCAAGCUGCUUUAAUGACGCACAUUAAGACGUAGGAUGCUGCUGAGCAACAGCAGCGUGGAUCACAGGGGAUUAGGAAGAGGUUAGAGUUCAGGCUAUUUGACUGUGAGUGUUCAUUUUGCAUUUUAUCCACUGAGGCAGAAUAGGUGAAACACAGCUGCACGGACAAACGUUUUGUCUCGUAUUAAAUUAGAAUAAAAAUCAGGUUUAGGCAGCAUGAUUAUUUAAUAAUAUUAGAUACUGUGAUCACAGUUAUUACGAGGACAUUUUUAAAUCUGUAUCUAUCUUUAUUUUUAACAUGAUUAUGAAAAGAGUAACACCUGCACACUCUCCAACGUUUCAAUCCCAAUUGGAUUUUUAAAAUGGUUUCUACACCCAUAAAUAUAUUGAUAGAUUAACAGGCUCUAUGAUGACAGUGGUUAACCAUCCAACCUGCCCAGGGUGAACGAUUAACAGUUCAAGAAGGACAAAAUUAAAGAGCAUCAGUCCUAAAGGGUGGGAGUACAGAGACAAUAAUGCAUUAAAAAAUUAGUGUAAUAUCUCAAAUAUAUCCAAUAACAAAUAAAGUUGUAAAUUACAUUAAAAAAAACAUAUUUCACUGGAAAAUCUCCAUUCAUAUUAGGGCAGCAACUAGCAAUUAUAUUCAUAAUUGAUUCAUCUGUGAGUUAUUUUCUUGUCUUGUUUGGUAUAAAACAUCAGAAAACUGUUACUGUUACAUUACGGUAUUUUAGUGAUAAAGUGGUUAAAACCUAAAAAUAUUUCAUUUACUAUAAUGCUCAGACAAGAAAAUGUCGCAUUUGAGAAUUUUUAACACGAUAAUGUUUAGAUAUUGUUGACAUCAAGUUAUAUCAAAGCAGUAAACCCAAACAAGAUCUAAAAUUACCAGAAAAGUUUAUUUCAUGUUUGGGCCUCUUGUUAUAAAGUGUAAAGAUGUAAUACUCUACAAUGUAGAGUCUACAUAAUGUCACCUCCUCUAAUCUGCUCUCUGACACUGUAUCUCAGGGAGGAGUUUUUCUGUUAUUUGGCCUCUGAAUGAAUGAGUCAUUGUGCAGACAUUGCUCUGUUCAUCAGUACUGAUUCCUGAUAGCCUUUCAUCCACAUGUGAAUACCUAUACUCCUCCUAAACCCUUUAUAGAAACCAGAAACUAAACAAAAGUUAAAUAUGAUAAAACAAUGAAUAAUUGUGCAGCUCUACAUCUGUUGCACUAAUUAUUUGCAACUUAAUGUUGUUGGUGCCUUAGCAGUAGAAGUGUUUUAACUUCUAGAGAUGAAGUUAAUUCUAGUUUGCACUGUUGAUGUUUUGUGUCAACUGCCAACGAUGUAUUGGAGUCCUUCUUCAUCUCAGGUGGGAUACGAACCCUCACCUUGUCCAGAACGGAGAACUCUUGACUUUUAGGGUUUGCUUAUUAAUGUUGCUUUGAAGCCCAGUGUUUUAAGGGAAUAGAUAAUUUGCUGUCUUGCCGAGAGUUAGAUGAGAAGAUUGAUACCACUCGCAUAUAUGUGUGUUCAAUAUGAAGCUGGAGCCAGUAGACGGUUAGCUUGGCUUAGCACAAAGAAACAGGGAAACACCUAUAAAUCUCACUAAUUAACAUGAUAUUUUAUUAUAUGUUUAAUCCACUGUGGUUUUUAUGCUAAGCUAAGCUAGCUUCAUAUUUAACACGUGGUAUCAAUCGUCCCAUCUCACUAUCAGCAAUAAAGCAAAUAACAACCAAAAUGUUGAACUGUUCUGUUAAUAUAUGAAGGCAAAGAUGUGUUUUACAUUUAGUUAGUUAGGCCUUCUUCUUCUGUUGUAAGAUAAACUCCCACAUUGUGCAGUGUGUGCAUGUGUAAAAUGUUGCUGUGUGUAAAAUGUACAUUUUAUUGUAUGUUUUUUUUAGUGUGCUCAUGUAAAAUGUUUACCGUAAUCACGUCUUCAAAAAUAAAAUACCUUCAAAUUUG